UGCUUUGCAAAAUGGCCGACAAACAAGACAGAACGGACCUUGAAAGAAAAAUGAAAUCCGACGCAAAUGCACCGGAAGAAGAUGAAGACUCUGAAGAUGAAGACGAUGAUGAUGAAAACGAUGGCUCUGAAGAGGACGAGGACGAGGUGGAACCCAAGUUAAAAUACGAAAGGAUUGGAAAUGCUAUGAAUACUAUUCUUAAUGGAGAAGAGUGUGCGAGCUGUAUGGCAGUGCAUACGAAGUUUCUUGCCCUUGGUACUCACUACGGAGUUGUUCACAUUCUGGACCACCAAGGAAAUCCCAUCAGUAGCAAAAAAUACCCAUCUCAUACCACAGCUAUAAAUCAAAUCAGUAUUGAUCAAAGUGGAGACUAUGUAGCCAGUUGCUCUGAUGAUGGGCGUGUAAGUACUCUGAAAUCUUGUAUUUUAUAUAACUUGCGAGGUGAGUAUUUGGUACAUAAAAGUAAAAGCCUGAACACAACCACACCCAAGUUUGAACUGGACCUUGGUCAAAAUAUCAGUCUCCAUCGUCAGGUUUUCAGCAGGGUUUUCAACUCUUUCAAUAAAUUUGUGUUUUUUCCCCCUAGCUAUAGACCUGAGCUUUAUCGAUGCUGUUUGUGUUGGAGAGACGGCAUCACCCUUCUGAUUGGCUGGGCAGACAUGGUUCAGAUUUGUGUUGUAAAAGAAAGGUUAGUUCAAAGGUCGGACCUUCCCCCACUGGUUGUGGAAAUAGUUGCCAUAUUCAAGACUGAUUAUUACAUUUCCGGAAUUGCAUACCUGAAAAAUGACUUGGUUAUCCUGUCUUACAUGACCAACAUCGAGGCAGGAACAAGAAAGAAAGGUGAACCAUUAGUUGCACACAGACCACAAUUGAGGAUUGUAACACCACGUGGCCUUAGUGAACCUGAAGAGAUAUCAGCAGAUGCUCUGUCUGUCAGAGGAUUUGAGCAGUACCGCUGUGAUGAUUAUCAUUUAGCCUCUUUCCAUGAUGAUCUGGACAAUCCUUCAUCUUCCUUUCAUCGUGAAAAUGUAUCAGAAGAGAAUUUGUUUUACAUUGUUAGCCCUAAAGACCUUGUGCUGGCCAAGCCUAGAAACAUUGAUGAUCACAUCAAAUGGCUUACAGAUCAUGGAAAAUAUGAGGAAGCAUUGGCUGCUACAGAAACAAACAGUAAAGAAGUCAAGAAGCACAAUCAGCAGGAUAUUGGAAGAGCUUAUCUGAAAUCUCUGAUGGAGGAAGGAAAAUACGAAACUGCUGCCAGACUGUGUCUGAAAGUCUUAAAGGAUGACAGGAAACUUUGGGAAGAUGAAGUGUAUAAGUUUGCACGGAAACACCAGUUGGAGGCCAUUGCACCCUACAUUCCAACAAGUACAGUCAAACUGAGCCCCGUACUUUAUGAAAUGGUCUUGUACGACUUCCUCAAGAAAGAUGUCAAGAAAUUUCAGGCCCUGAUCAAGGAUUGGCCAGCAGAGUUAUACGGCGUGCAGCCCAUUAUCAGUGCUGUGCAGGACCAGUUGGAAAAAGAUCCUCAAAAUCGAGUUCUUCUGGAAACGCUAGGAGAACUCUACACACGAUUGAAAAGAUAUGACAAAGGACUGGCCAUAUAUCUGAAACUUGGCCACAGUGAUGUGUUCAACUUGAUCCAUCAACACAACUUGUUUAAUUCGAUCCAGGACAAGAUUAUCAUGUUGAUGGAGUUUGACAAAGAGAAAGCCGUGAAGAUGUUGAUUGACAAUAUCGACAAAGUUCCUGUCGAAGAAGUUGUACGACAGCUCAACAAAAGAUCAGAACUGCUUCACGUGUAUUUGGACACGCUGUUUGUCAAGGAUCCACAAGCAGGAAUGGAUUACCACGAACUCCAGAUUCCUCUUUACGCAGAGUUUGACCGUCCAAAACUGCUGACAUUCCUGAGAAACAGCAACUAUUAUCCUCUUCAAAAGGCUUUGAACGAGUGUGAACAAAGACGUUUGGUUCCAGAGAUGGUGUUUUUGCUCAGUCGUAUGGGAAACAACAAGCAAGCUUUACAGCUGAUUAUUCAGGAGGAAAACGAUGUAGAGAAGGCCAUUGAAUUCGCCAAGGAACAAGAUGAUGAAGACUUGUGGGACGAUCUUAUCAAUUAUUCUCUUGACAAGCCAGAAUUUAUCACAGGUCUUUUGCAGAAUAUCGGAACCCAUGUUGAUCCUAUCAAACUCAUUCAGAGGAUACCUGAAGGAAUGAAGAUUCCUGGUCUAAGGGAUUCGCUAGUGAAGAUCCUUCAAGAUUUCAAUUUACAGAUUUCCCUUCGUGAAGGCUGUAAAAAGAUUCUUGUUAAAGACAGUGUGUCGUUGCUUCAACGGCUGAGCAAAGUACAGCAGAAGGGAGUGUCUGUUGACGAUGAAACUAAGUGUCCCGUGUGCCAGGGAACCGUCAUUGCCGAAGAUACAAGACGGGCGUCGCAUGUUGUCGUGUUCUUCUGUAAACAUGUUUAUCACGAAGACUGCCUGCCAGCGCGUGAUGUGGGGCCGUUUUGUCAGAUCUGUACAGCACACAGUCAAGUAAAAAGACGGCGAUCUCGUCACGUACAGGGGAAUGAAGCAAGACCGUAAACUAUGAACUCAAAUUGUAUAUGCAUUGAUGAGACCAAGUACAGACAUGAAUCAAAUUAACCAAGAGUCCAAGAUAAUCCAGCCGUCCUGUGAUUCAAGCAGACCUUUAGACCGGUCAAGCUUGCUUCUCGUGGGGUGAUUCAUUGUAACAAGAUUGAGCAGUCAUGUGACGCAACAACGAAAUUCUAAUAAUGAUUUCUGUUAGUCAUGACUCAACCUGUUGUGGUCGGGCAUCCUACCUGGACAUUCUUUUGACCUGUCACGCACUCCUUAAUUUAUGUCAGGGAGGAUUCUGCGACGAACUAAAAAGAGGUCCAACACAUCUGCCUGGUGAAGAUAAAAUUGACCAAUCACGUGACUCGCGGAAAGCGCGGGGAAACAUGCAACUAGCAUAAUAUAACACAGUAGCAAUUUUAUAGAUCCAAACAUUGAAGGGGCUACGUCAUGUCACGGCAUUUUGAGUUAUUUUGGCCACGUACAAAAUUACCUUUUAAUUGAAGAACCCUGAAAAUAACAGUUUACGUCGAUAAAAAAAAACACCAGAGACAAUAAUAAACCAUAAAGGAACAAGGAUUGUUUAAGGAUGGGGAAAUUGACACGGACUGCAAACGACCAACUAGAAAAACUAUGCUAAACUUUUCAAGAUGCGCAAACCAGCUGCUGUAAGGAAUAACUUACGAGAACCCGCUUAAGAUUUGAAUUUUCUUCGGAACGAUGAAAUGGACUGAAUUGGCUCUUGAUCGUAAAAUUCAAGAGUCCUUAGUGAGAACCACGAGAAGAUUCAAAACAUGUCCAUCUUGCGCUAUUCAAUGUUUGUAUAAGCUCUUGUUCUAGCGGUGAUGCUAGCUGGCGUCGUUAUCUCACUAUAAAAGAAUUAAAUAGCCAGAGUUAUUUUUUGUAGUCAGCGAUUUAUUGUACACAAAUACGUUAGAAGGAAAUACGAAAGAGACACUUAUACAAAGAGUGUAUUUGUUCGAGAUCGCGGAUUGCUUUAUAAAAUAUAGGACUUUGUUUCAACUAAGGAGAACAAUUCAAAUAAAACUCUGUCCCUGCACUGAGUGCCCGGGGCAAAGGGCGCUGCCUGGAUUUAA